AUGAAGGUUGAUACAUUGUUGGAUAGUGUGAAAUGGGAUGACAAAGGCUUGGCGGUGGCAAUUGCUCAAAAUGUUGACACAGGAGCUAUCUUAAUGCAAGGCUUUGUUAACAGGGAUGCACUUGCGACCACAAUUUCCUCCCGGAAAGCAACUUUCUAUAGCAGGUCAAGGUCAAUGUUAUGGACAAAGGGGGAAACCUCUAUGAAUUUCAUCAAUGUUCAUGACAUCUUUCUUGAUUGUGAUCGCGAUUCUGUAAUAUACCUAGGUAAUCCUGAUGGUCCCACUUGUCACACUGGAUCUGAGACUUGCUAUUACACAUCAGUCUUUGAUACUUUGAAUUCUUCACAGGUUGAAGAAAAUAAGGUUGCACUGACAACUUUGUAUUCAUUAGAAUCCACAAUUUCGCUACGUAAAGCUGAAACAUCAGGAUCCCAAAAUGUGAAACCCUCAUGGACAAAACAGUUAUUGCUGGAUAAAAAGUUGUUGUGCUCAAAAAUCCGGUAUUGUGAUUCUGACUUUUUUUUUUGAAUAUCUGGGACAAUGUAGUUUUUAGUCCACCAUCCCAUGUUCAGGCUUCUGCUUGGUAUGCGCGUGUGUGUUUGUGUGUGCAUGUAUCUAUGUGUGUGUGUUCUCAUGUGAAUAUGUACUUUGGACAACUACUAAAUUGCUUAGUGGGAGUGUAACAUGGGGAAAAAAUCCAACUUUAUCUUUAUAUCAAUACAAUUGAAGUAAUUAGAUUCUAUUUUUUAUGAUGAAGUGAAAUUUUUUAUGCUAAUGUGAGUGUUCUUUUAAACUAAUUAUUCAAUAAAGAGCAAACAAGCUGAAACAACUAAAAAAGUAUAAUAUUAUUAGAUUAUGACUGUUGGUUCCAAAAUAGUAAGAU